AUGCCCCCUUGCCACGGAAAAGAGGUUUCUCAGCUCAAUUGGGGCCAUGCUUUAGCUCUACAUAAAGAGGAAAAGUCCUACAGAUACAUUGAAGAUAAGACUGGAGUUCCAAAGUCCACAGCUUGUGAUAUUGUGGCUAAUUACAAUAAAUAUGGAUCUGCUACCCCAAGGCCCUGUUCUGGCUGUCCACCUGUCUUAUCUGCUCAAACUCAGUGUAGCAUUGGGCAAUACCUUCAUAGGUACCAAUUCAAUGACUACAAAACCAUUUCCAAGCAUGUUGGGACUGUCACUGAGGAGGAGCAGCCAGUCUGGCCCAAAGUGACACAGAAGGAGGGGGAAGUGGACAAUCCCAAAAACAUGGUACCAACCUUCUGUAGUGGUUGUGAGGGCAUCCCUCUAUGGGGGUGCAUUGCACAUGACAAGAAGGGGCUGUUGAUUUGGCUUGACCUGCUGCCUCCAACUGUUGGCAAGAAUGGGCACUCAAAAGGUGGAGGCCUCACCUUGGAAGCAUAUGUAGAACAAGUACUUGGAGGCCCACUCAUAGACUUUUUGCAUGAUUUGGAGGAAGAGCAAGGCCACAAGAUCCUCAUUGUUGAAGAUGGGGCACCAUCACAUAGGGGAGAAGCAGCAAGAAAUGCUCAAGAACAAUUGGGGAUAGAACAAUUCUCCCACCCACCAAAUUCUCCCAAUCUUAAUGCCAUCAAACCAAUAUGGUGCCUCCUCAAAUCACAUGUACUCAAGGUCCAUGGUGCACUUAGAAAUGCAAUCAAGCUUUGGAAAGCAGCUCAGAGGGUGUGGAAGGAAAUGAGCAUGGAGGAUAUCAAUAAGCACAUGGCAAGCUUGAAUCCAGCACAAAGUUGCUCCAGCUGGUUCCCAGCUGGAGCCCGAGAAGAAUCCGGGGAUGUUGAUGAGUCAGAUUCCGGAUUUGCGCGUCGAGUCGGAAAAAUCCAGGCAAUUGGGGCCGCGGUGUAG